AUGGCUUCCAAAACUGCACACGAUACUCCCGCGGAGGAGACCCAGAGCGACGGGUCCAAGCUGAAGACCUUUAUCGGUAUCCUGAAGAAGUUCAUCGGCGUUGCUGACCUCGCCGCCGUGCGCUUCUCGCUCCCCUCCCAACUCCUCGAGCCCACGCCGAACCUCGAAUACUGGAACUACCUCGACGCACCCAACGCCUUCGUCGCCAUCGGCACCUCCGACGAGCCCCUCGACCGCAUGCUCGAGGUCUGCCGCUUCUGGUUCACAAAGGACCUGAAGUACGCAAAGGGAAAGCCCUGCAAACCAUACAACUCGUGCCUGGGAGAGUUCUUCAGGUGUAAUUGGGAAACCGAAGACAACGCCCCCAAGAUCAACACCACCGCCCUCAAGACCGGAAGCGGGACCGCAAGCAGCUCCUCCUCCUUCAAGUCCGCAAAGGCGGACAAGAACGCCUCCGCCGUCUCCCUCUCCGUGCCCCAGCACGGCACCUCCACCCCGGACAACAAGCCCAUCCGCGUCUCCUACCUCACAGAGCAGACCUCCCACCACCCCCCCGUAAGCGCCUUCCACAUCAGCUGCCCCGAGCGCGGCCUCUCCGCCCGGGGGUACGACCAGAUCACGGCAAAGUUCACGGGCACCUCCAUCCGCGUCCUGCCCGGCGAGCACAACCUCGGCAUCUUCGUCACCCUCGAGAACCGCGGCGGCGAGACCUACCGCCUCACCCACCCGGCCGCCCACCUCGGCGGCAUCCUCCGCGGCAGCCUGAGCGUCAGCGUCAGCGAGAUGGCCUACAUCACGUGUCCGCAGACCAAGCUGAAGACCAUCCUGCACUACGUCGAGGCGGGCUGGCUCGGCCGCUCCACGAACCGCGUCGAGGGCGUCAUCUUCAGGUACGACCCGGACAACGACGACAAGGUCAACAUCAAGGACGUCCCCGAGGCCGACGUCGUCGCCCGCCUGAGCGGUCCCUGGCGCGAAAAGGUCCAGUUCACCUUGGGCCCCAAGCCGGUGGACUCCCACCCCCCGGAGGCCCGCUACACAAUCAUCGACCUCGGCCCCCUCAACGUCGCGCCCAAGGUCCUUCCCCCCGCCGAGAAGCAGCUCGAGAACGAGUCCCUCCAGCUCUGGUCCGGCGUCACCGAGGCCAUCCACGCCAAGCAGUUCUCCAAGGCGACGACGGUCAAGGUGGAGCUCGAGGAACGGCAGCGCGAAAAGGCCCGCGAGCGCGAGAAGACGGGCGAGGUCUUCAAACCCGUCUUCUUCGAGCCGCAGAGCGCCGUCGCCGGCAGCGAGGGCCGGCCCGAGCUCACCGACAAGGGCCGCGAGGUGCUCGCCCGCGCGCAGAAGGGCGAGUGGGACAUGGGCGGCGUCUUGUAG